UGUGACAGUGUGGCCAAUAUCGUCAAAGACAUCACCUAUAACGCCUCCAUCUCCCUCCCUUGUGGCUCCUCCUCCAUCACACAACUCCCCGACAUAUCACCAACUUCUCUUCCCCGGGUCGUGGUCGUCAUGGCAACUUGUGAUAUCAUCAACGUGGUGGCGGCUGCCAUGGGAGGAGAAAACAUUCGGUUACGGGAAGUGCAGCUUCUGCCCGUGCCCACCCUCACCCCCAGGUGUCACGUUCCUCUGUCAGCGGGGUUCUGUACCUCCUUCAACGUGGACCCCUUCAGACAGGUACUGGACUUGAUGUUCUCCUGGAUGAUUUACCACUCGUGGACGCAGCUCACCAUCCUUUACGACCAGUCACUCAACAUCAUGGCUAACAUCGCUAUAGUGAAGAGCUUCCUGGUUACCAACAAACGUCUGGGGGCUCGGUUAUCCUUCAAGGAGGUCCCCGCCCAGCUAGCGACCUCUUCGGCCUCAAGGAACCAACUGGAGACCGCGUUGAAAGAGCUGCUGGAGGCCUGGGGGGAGGAGGAGGCGCGCCACUUAGCUCUGAUAGGCGACAAGUCUACGAUAAUCCACGUCCUCAGGAUGAUCCCCAACCUUGAAGAUGACGAUAGCAACUCUGAUUGGUUGAUCUUUACGUCAACGAACGAUGACGUCUCCAAGGAAUAUAUCCCAGCCAAUGGCCACCGCGUUUACUUCGUUAAUAGGUCGCUACACGCGGGACUGCGAGAGGAUGUAAGGACAGCAUUGCGAGUGGGCGAAGCUGUAGCAAGGGGCGUGGCUACUUGUUGGAACACCACCUCAAUUAAGGAGAUCGUGGAGACACCGGUGACCAUCUACAUGAAGCCUCCGAACUACAGUGCCAUGUUGAUACCCCCUGUGGAAGUGCCUGGCCCUUCCCAGACUCGCCUCGUACCCCUUUACACCUGGUCCCCAUCUUCCUCCUCCACCUCCUCCCCCCACUUGUUCUCCGGCAGGUUUAAGGCACUUCCCUCUUAUGACCAAUACCAACUACACGGCGCACACCUCUAUGUGGCCACUCUCCGGAGCGCGCCGUUCAUCAAGCCAGUUGAGGCGCCUGUGGACGAGCACGCCUGGGAGGGAAGUAACCGCACCCAGAAGCCGCCGUCGCCACAGCUGCCGCACGUGACCUGCCCUCAACCGCUGGCCUUCGUCGGGUUCCUGAAGGACAUGCUAGACGUCCUCAGCAUCCAAAUGAACUUCACGUACACACUGUAUGAGGUGUGUGACGGGUCUUACGGGUCGCUGGUAGACGGACGGUGGACGGGUGUGGUGGGGGAGGUGAUGUACGGGUACGCCCACAUCGGUUUGUCCAAUCUUGGUGCUAACUACGCCCGCAGCCACGCCGUGUCCUUCCCCAGGGUCUCCACCAGCUACGGCGGCGCUGGCACCAUCUUGAAGCGACCCCGGAACAUCCAAUAG